AUGCGCGCCUGCGCCGACACCUUCGCUAACCUCGCCGCGAGCGGGACCCGCGCCCGGGUCCGGCGCCAAUCGUCGCUCGCCUCGCGCAGCAGAGUCGCCGUCGCGGCGCCGCUCGCGAGGGCGUCGCGCGUCGCGCCGCGGGGUCGCGGCCGCGGCGCCGCCCUCGCGAUCCGCGCGGCGGGGACCAUCCAGAAGGUGACAAAGUCCGAGCUCGAGGAGGUGAUGAAGGAUCGCUCCACGCCGCUCGUCAUCGACUUCUACGCCACGUGGUGCGGCCCGUGCGUGCUCAUCGCGUCGGAGCUCGAGAAGGUCAAGGCGGAGCUCGGCGACGGCGUCCGCAUCGUAAAGGUUGACACCGAUGAGGAGGACGAGCUCUCCACCCAGCUCAGCAUCCAGGGCCUGCCCACGCUCGUGUUCGUCGGAACCGACACCAGCAAGCCCGCGCUGAGGACGGAGGGCAUGCUCCCGGCGGAGAUGGUCAAGACGAUCAUCGCCAACGAGCUCUGAUGGCGCGGCUGUGCUCGGCUCGACGGCGAGAGCUCCGAUGAGUGGAUUCUUCUCGCAGGCGGCGAGUCGAGUUUCAAGCUUGACUGGUGGGUGGUGUCUCGGCGGCGCUAAUUGGAAGCCCGCCGACGUUGUUGGUUCCUCGCGGCUGCGGGGUUCUUCUUUCAUUGUUGCGUGUACAAUCACAAGUCUCCGGCGCGUCAGAGAGCAAGACUCGGCGCGUCUCAUCACCAUUCCUUGUUUGGAAAAACAUGUAAGAGGCGUUUCAAAAAGUGUUC